CUCUGAAUACUGACCUCCCAAAAAGAGGUUUUAUCUACAUGUACAUGUACCCAUUAUUUUCCUACUUUAGGUGAAUAUCAUUUACAGACAAACGCGAAGAUUCCUGUGAGCAAUCAUGGUUUCUUGGCUGGUAAUCAUAGCCGCGCUGGUAGCCUUCACGGCCUUGGUCGUGACCCUAAUGGACCGAGUCUACUUGGGCGUCGCCGGCUGUUAUGUCUUGGUCACCGGCUGCGACUCUGGCUUCGGCAACAUCCUCGCUAAGUACCUUGGGCCGAAGCGCGGGUGUCAUGUGAUCGCGUGCUGCCUGACGCGAGCCGGCAUGGAGGACGUCAUGUCUGGCGCCCCCAAGGGGACCGUGACGGCCAUCCAGAUGGACGUCACCGACACGAAAAGCAUACUGCAGGCUCGCGAGGAAGUCGUCAGGAUUGUGGCAGGAAAAGGUCUGUGGGGUCUGGUCAACAACGCCGGCGUGACCGGUAACAUCGGCCCUAUUCACUGGCACAAGAAGUGUGAGAUCCAGCGCAUUCUGGACGUCAACCUGAUGGGGACCAUCGAAGUCACCAACGUCUUUUUCCCGCUGAUACGCCAGGGGCGGGGACGCAUCGUCAACGUGUCCAGUGCCUUGGCCUUACUGCCGGCAAUGGUUGGCGGAUACUCCAUUUCCAAGAUAGGGGUGGAAGCCUUCUCAGACACGAUGCGCACCAGUUCCAAAGCAUUUGGCGUGACAGUCCACAUACUAGAGCCGGGCUACUUCAAGACAAACAUAACGUCAGUGGAUGUAAUCAUGGCCUCGGCUGAGAGAAUGUGGAAGAGGCUACCACCGCAGGAGAGAGAUAUCUACGGCCAAGAGUACUUUGAUACAUUGAAGGAAAAAGUGACUCUCCAACUGUUGAAGUCGUCGCCGAAGUUGCAUCUGGUCACCGACGCCAUGGAGCACGCCCUCUGUGCACGCUGGCCGUGGCGGCGCUACAUGCCGGGGAAUGACGUCAAGCUUCUACACAAACCCCUCUCUAUGGUACCGGCCGCAGUGACCGAUUUCAUCUCGGGGUUGUUAGUGUUCAGGAAACUUCCCGUUGCCCAGCCUAGGCCCAACGUAACGGUGACUUUUGCAGCUGACAGUAAUGACGAUGAAUCGUAAAAAGAAACAUCCCCAAAUACAAUCCAACAUGUGCAGCUGAUUUCAAGAAAUAGUGCAUAUAUCUUACACCAUGCGCAUGAUUUACGCAACAAAUUUACUUACAAUUUUACUUACAAAUAAAAACUUACAAUCGAUUUCACUAAACUUGGUGCGCACUGUUUAGAAUAUGGUGCUGAUGACAUUUUGUGUGGUUGGUUCAAGAGGUCCAUAUCUUACUAUUUUAAUGUGAGGUGCACAUCGCUGACCGUGUGCCUGACAACAAUAUACAUUAUAACACCUCACCUAUAGAUUCUGUGUCUUGAUUGGCUGAGAGCGAGUCAC